AGAGGAUUCGGAGUGGUUUUUAGCGGAGGGAAAGAGACGGAAAAAAGUGAGGAAAAAACCUGAAAAAAAAAAGGAAAAAGAAAACGACCCAACAAAUAUACGAGUACGAUUCUGUACGAGGAGGGAAAACGGAGAGAGAGAUGACGAAAUCCGGGGCAGAGAAAAAGAGGGUCCGACGGUCGUCCUCAGUUGCAAAUGGUAGCAGAGAUUCCAGCAAUGACACCCCACCUAGGAAGAAAGCUGCCAAGAAGGAUGUGUUCCAGUUGUUUGCUGAUAAGGUGAGGGACCAUAAAGACUUAGAAUCUAGAUGGGCUGUUUUACAGGAGACCCGGGUGGAGUAUUUUAGAGGAAAGGAUUUUGUUAGCUUUAUGAGAAAUCAUCCAGAGCUCAAGGAAGUACUAGAAUCUGAUAAGAAUUUAGAAGCAGAAGAUAUUGCUAAUGUUCUUUUAAGGAAGAAUCUUUUAGUCCGAUGUGAUCGUGUGGUGAAAACUGUUCGACCUGGGAAGAAGAAGUUAUCUACCUGGCCAGCACAUCUAGAGAUCUUUUCUGAUCAAGUUUUUUCUGAAAAUGAUGCUUUUUUUGCAUGGACUUUUGCAAAAAGAAGACCACUGUGGCAGACAAUUCUCUCAUUCCUUUGGCCAGUGUUGACACUGGCAAUUUGCUUGUUCCCUGUAUUUCCUCAUCAGUGCAAGCUGAUAGUACUCUACACCUGUGCUGGGGUCCUCCUUCUCAUACUCACCCUGCUUUUGUUGAGAUGUGUUAUAUUCGGUGCUGUAUGGAUCAUUCUUGGGAAGCGCGUUUGGUUUUUUCCUAAUAUCCUUGCAGAGGAAGCAACACUGAAAGAAUUAUUCCGAUUUUGGCCCACUAAAGAUGAAGAGGAACGGCCUAAAUGGACAGCAAGGCUUUUCUAUGCUAUAGUGGCUGUGCUGGUCAUAUUACUGCUCAGGCAUCAUGCACCAGAUGAGGCUGCUAGAGCCAGGUAUCAGAAGCGGGUUUCCAACAUAAUCGAUGAUGUGUUAGAGUGGUCCCCAAGAUUGGCUUUGUCAGGAAUGAUGGAAAAGCAGCAGACUGUGAUCAAUGUAACAGACACCAACAGCAAUUCUACCGAAGGGACUAAGUCAAGUACAGAAGAGGCAGCUCCGCCUGAGGGCAUGGAUGAAGAAGACAACUCAUUCCCGAGCAACUCCGAAUGGAGUGGAAUUAAGGGUGGGGAGGAUGAUGAUCAUCAACAUCAAGAAAGUAUUUGAAUGUGAAUUGCCAGCUUCUUUCUCUUCCCUUCUUUUUCUCUUCCAAAUAUAUUUCCAGAAUGUAGAACCGUUAACUAGAGCCAUAAGCAUUUGGAGUUAUAAAAUUAUGCUUCCUUUUUUUAAUAAAGCAAUUAGAUCCCAAUUUCCAUUA